CAAGACUACAAAGAAGAGGCAAUUUCUUUCAAAACUCAACAAACACACGUCAACUUUCCCCGGAAUUCAUUUCAAUUUGCUGUCACCAACGGCUAACCCCACCAUUUCUGUCGUCUUCUUCUUCUUUCUACUGCUAUAUUUAUCUCUUGUCAACUCUUACUCCUUUUCCCGCAAUAUUCAACUACCUAUAAUCCAAUUCAUGUCUUUCUUCUUCAUAUUCUUCAAUUCAAUUCCUUAGAUUAUUCAACAUCCUUUCAGUUUUUACUCAAAAAAGAUUUCAUCUUUUUAGUAUAAAACUUGUCAUACUUGUUUUGCUUCAUUCAUACACAUAUCUAUCUUUUAAAAUUCUUACCAAAGUUUACAUCUUUCAAAUGGGUUUUUUUUCCUAGAUAAAAGGGUAUUUUCUAGAACCUUUUUUUAUUCAUUAUAUAUAUAUAUAAAAAAAAAAAGAAAGUCAGCAAACUACAUUUGAAAUUGAAAAUUUCUGUAGGAUGAAAAGAACAAAGAGUUGAAUAUAUCAUCAUUUAAAAAGUGUUUGAGAAAAUAUCUGAUAGAAGAAAUGAAGUGUUUUUAUUACUUAAAAGAGAAAGCUCGUUCAAGGGCCCACAAAUCAGCCCCUCAAUUGAGGAACCCAGUAAGCAAAUCUGAUGAUUCUGUUUCUGGUUCAAGCGGGGGAGUGUUGAAAUCAACUGGGUCAGAGUUUAAUCGACGUGGGAUUUGUGAUUUGUAUGAAGAAAAGGGUAGUAAUUUGAGGGUUUUUACAUAUACAGAGCUUAGGAUUGCUACUAAUGAUUUUAGUAGGAAAUUGAAGAUUGGUGAAGGUGGAUUUGGUUGUGUUUAUCAAGGUAAAAUUAAGGCUGUUGAUGGAGAAGGUGACCCUACAUUGGUUGCUAUUAAGAAGCUUAAUAAAGAUGGAUUUCAGGGUCAUAAACAAUGGUUAGCCGAAGUUCAAUUCCUCGGCGUUGUGGAACACCCUAAUCUCGUCAAACUCAUAGGAUAUUGUGCGGUGGAUGGUGAGCGAGGGAUACAGAGAUUACUCGUGUAUGAAUACAUGCCCAACGGAAGUUUGGAAGAUCACCUUUUCAAGAAGUCUUACUCGGCUCUUCCUUGGGAAAAAAGAAUGCAGAUCAUUCUCGGAGCUGCUCGAGGAUUAGCUUACUUACAUGAAGAUUUAGAAGUGCAGGUGAUAUUUCGUGAUUUCAAGACGUCAAAUGUGCUGUUAGAUGAGAAUUUUAAGGCGAAGUUGUCAGAUUUCGGGCUUGCUAGGGAAGGUCCAACUCCGGGAAGUAGUCAUGUUUCAACUGCUGUUGUUGGCACGCAUGGCUAUGCUGCUCCGGAUUAUAUAGAAACUGGUCGUCUUUCAUCUAAGAGUGAUGUUUGGACUUUCGGGGUUGUAUUGUAUGAAAUUCUAACUGGAAGACGAUCAUUAGAAAGAAGCCUCCCAAAACCCGAACAAAAGCUUUUGGACUGGGUGAAACAAUUUCCUGCUGAUAGCAAAAAGUUCACCAAGAUAAUGGAUCCACGUUUGGGCGACCAAUAUUCGUUGAGUGCAGCUCGACGAAUAGCAAAAUUAGCAGACAGUUGUUUAGUGAAGGGUUCCAAAGAUAGGCCGACCAUGAUCGAAGUGGUUGAUAAACUAAAACAAAUAAUAAAGACAACAACAGAUGAUGGAAGUAGUAGCAGCAACAGGAGCAGUUCGAGUGAGAAUGAAGUUGGUGAUUCCGAGAAGAAGGGGAAGCAAAUUGGGAUCUCGGAAUCUGCUAGAAGACGGUUUGAUCAUCUUGCUAAACUCGGUGAGCAGGUGGACGGCCUUAGUAAGAAAAGAUUCUUGAUCAUGCAAAGAGCUAAGGUAUCAUGAUUCGGUUUAUCGCAGUAAAGAGAAGAUAUUGACAUGAAUUAAGCAGCAGCUAAACAUGAUAUUAGAGAAUCAUGAGUUUUAGACGGCUGCUCGACUUAACAUUGUUGCACUUUUGACAUAAAGAUGAGCAUUGUUGGAGCUCUGAAGAUAACUAUUAAGUUUGUACGCGAAUUUGCACUUCUUAUUUAUGUGAAGUUGCAGAUGAUGUUUGCUACUAAAGAUUAACUAGAAAUCUCUUUUUGUAAAGAACAAGGAUAAUACUGCACACAUCCGAUCCUACAAACCCGCUUAGGUGGGAGCUAGUGAAUAUCAAUGGAAUAAUUAUAUGUUGUAUGUUCAUAAUAAACCGUUUUGUUAGAGGAAAUAAGAGUGAAGUAUUAAGGUUUUUGGUUCUUGAACUCUCAUUUGUAGAAGGGUGAACACAAAUAUAAACCAAAUGUAUUUCGUUUGUUCUAAUUGGAAGGAUUUUUGGUUGUCAUAAA